ACCUUCUCACUCGCAAACACUAUCCUUCCUCCUCCUUCAUCGUCCUUCUUCUUCUUCUUCUUCUUCUUCAUCCAUGGCGAUCGCGGCCAUAGCCACCGCCCUCCUCCUCUUCUCGGCCCUCGCCCUCGCCGCGGCCGCGAGGACCGACGAGGAGGUCAUGGGCAUGUACGAGGUCUGGCUCGCCAGGCACGGCAAGUCCUACAACGGCCUCGGCGAGCGGGAGCGGCGCUUCGAGAUCUUCCGCGACAACCUCCGUUUCGUCGACGAGCGCAACGCCCUCAACCGGUCGUACACCCUCGGGAUGACCCGGUUCGCCGACCUCACCAACGAAGAGUACCGCGCCACUUACCUCGGCAUGAGGAGCGACCCCAAGCGCCGGUUGGCGAAGGCGAAGCGCGCGAGCGACCGCUACGCCGCCCGCCCCGACGACAUGUUGCCGGCCGCCGUCGACUGGAGGGCCCGGGGCGCCGUUAAUCCGGUCAAGGACCAGGGAGCUUGCGGAAGCUGCUGGGCCUUCUCUACCAUAGCUGCAGUGGAAGGAAUCAACCAGAUCUUCACCGGCGAGCUCAUAUCGCUCUCCGAGCAAGAGCUCGUGGAUUGUGACCGGUCCUACGAUGCCGGUUGCAACGGUGGGCUCAUGGACUACGCCUUCCAGUUCAUCAUUGACAACGGCGGCAUUGAGACCGAGCAGGACUACCCUUACACGGGAGUCGAUGGGACCUGUGAUGCGUCUGUGGUUAACUCAAAGGUCGUGACCAUUGAUGGGUACGAGGAUGUCCCGGCAUUUGACGAGAGAGCCUUGAAGAAGGCUGUGGCUCAUCAACCCGUGAGUGUUGCCAUUGAAGCCGGAGGCAGGGAUUUCCAACUUUAUCAAUCUGGCGUGUUCACCGGCGAAUGUGGAACUGCAUUGGACCACGGUGUGAUCGCGGUCGGGUACGGGAGGCAGCAUGGUGUUGAGUACUGGCUUGUGAGGAACUCGUGGGGCGCUGAGUGGGGCGAGAGCGGAUACAUCAAGAUGGAGAGGAACUUGGCCAACAAUUACUAUGGCAAGUGCGGGAUCGCAAUGGAGGCAUCUUACCCCAUCAAGACCACCCAGAACCCUGAUAGUAAAUAUUCUUCAAUGGGAAGCAGUGGUGGCAUCGAGCUCGUCAGCAGUUCUUGAAGCGCGGGAUGGAGGAAACACUUGCAGAAAGGUGCAAAGUCGAUCGCCUUUGAGUUCAGCGAUCGCUCUGCUUUCACAUAAUUGUGUCAUAGUCCUUCCUGGAGGUUGGUUUACAGAAGGGAGGGAGGAAGGAAUAUGGAUGCACAUUGGGCUGGUUCUCUUAUGAUUCCACUGUAAAUAGCUUUCAAUUCAUGGAUAUCUGAAUUCCGAAGAAUUGCACCUGAAGAAGUAAUAGUUAUUGUAACUCGUCAAGUCGUCAAUGAAACUUUCUUUC